AUGGCCACUGGGGUCACGCACCCAGCCCAGCUGCCAGCCGAGAACGACUCACCUUCGGGCACCCCUCGGGUGCCAGCCGAAGGACGGGGCUGCGCACACCCGCGGCAGCGGGAGGUGGCUCUCGCAGACCGGCCAGCGCAGCCCGAACUCCGCCAGCCCUGGCAACGUGUUGACAUGAAAACAGGGAGACGAAGCGGACCAUCUUCACAGGACCAAAAGGAGACUCAGAAGACAGAAGGUGCCUGGGACCCCGUGGGGAAGGGCUGGCUCUGGAGGCCUUUCCUCCCUCCGGCUGCAGCAGAUCCUGGGCAGAAACCUUCAGGCUUGACCUUCAGGGGCCCUCCACCUGCCUCGGCACUGGAAAGUUCAAGGUGUCCUGGCAGCAGGAAGCUCCUUUGCUCCACCCUCUGCCCUGCGCACCGACGCUCUGAGCUUAUCGAGGAUUUGCUGAACCAGAGCUGCUGGCAAAAGCGACCUGAUCUGCGCAGCCGCUGGGGUGGGAGCUGGACCCCCAGCAUGAAGCACUUCUCUGUCGAACGCUGGGCAGCCUUUGCUGUGCUCUUCUUCACCACCGUGCUCCAGUAUUCCUGCUCAACAGCUGAAGAUGUCUCCAAUGUUUCAACAAGCUCCAUGCUCACAACUGAGUACGAAGCACCAUGUCUUAACGCGAACUUCUGCAUGCAAGCAGCCACGUGCUGCCCGACGGGCAUGGACGAUUAUGGAUGGAUUGCAGCAGCCGUCGGCUGGAGCCUCUGGUUUCUGACGCUCAUCCUGCUCUGCAUGGACAAACUCAUGAAACUCCGGCCUGACGAACCCAAGUAUUUGGUGGCCUGA